ACAGACAAAAUAAUGGCAGGAGGAAAUCUAACUACUGUAAUGGAAUUUAUUCUCCUUGGAUUUUCUAACCUUCCCAACUUUCAAGGCUUUUUGUCUUGUGUUUUCUUAAUCAUCUACAUGAGUAUUCUGAUAGGGAAUGGUCUCAUUAUUCUAUUAACCAAAGUUUCUCGAGUUCUCCACACACCUAUGUAUUUUUUCCUUGGGAACUUUUCUUUUUUGGAAAUAUGUUACACAUCAGUCACGCUCCCCAAUAUGUUGACAAAUCUUUGGACCCAAGGGAGAAAUAUUUCUUUUUUGGCCUGUGCAAUACAACUUUGCUUUCUCCUUAUUCUAGGAGGCACUGAGUGCUUACUCCUGGCUGUGAUGGCCUAUGACCAUUACAUAGCCAUCUGUAAACCACUCUACUAUCCUGCCAUCAUGAACCACAAAGUUUGUGUCCAGCUGGUGGUUGGUUCCUGGACCACUGGAAUACCAGUCAUGAUUGGGCAGACAUAUCAGAUUUUUUCUCUGUCUUUCUGUGAUUCUAAUGAACUUAAUCAUGUUUUCUGUGACAUUCCCCCUUUACUAAAGUUAGCUUGUUCAGACACCUUUGUGAUAGAGCUCUCUGUCUAUGUUGUUGCUGUAUUAUUUGUCAUAAUACCAUUUAUAUUGAUAAUCAGAUCCUAUGUAAAAAUCAUCAUUACCAUCUUCAAGCUUCCAUCACAUGCAGGAAAAUAUAAAGCCUUUUCAACUUGCUCUUCCCACCUCAUAGUUGUGGUUUUGUUCUUUGGAUCUGCAAUCACUACAUAUUUGAGACCAAAGUCAAACAACUCAGGAGGAACUGAAAAAAUGCUCUCUCUUUUCUAUGCCAUUGUAACUCCAUUGAUUAACCCCAUGAUAUACAGUCUGAGAAACAAGGAUGUCAUUUAUGCACUGAAAAAAUUAUUGUCCAAGUAA